UACCGUCCACAAAUUUAUAGCUAACGGUAUUCAACCAUAAUUAUGCCAUAUGUUCAAUUUAUUACGUUAACCUCCUGGUUAGUGAAGCUGUAGUUUCGAGCGUUCUCUUUAUAGUAACACGGACCUAAAACAGGAGUUACACCGGAAGCGACUUCAUGCACCGGUUUAUAUUAGUGUGUUAAAUAACCAACAUUUUCUAAAUUGUAAUUCUGUCAAAUGUCCUAUUUAUUUACCAUUUGUUUAUGUACACAUAUGUUUAUAGCUUAUUCUGUCUAUGUGUAACGUCAAAGCAAAAAAAGGUAAACUCCUGUGCUGGAUUAGUGCUACUGGCUGCUACACAGCAACAACUAACUAUAAUGCUAACUUAUUAUUUCUGUGUGUCUAUAUAUGUAUGUGUGCCUAUAUACAUAUUCAUAUAUAUGUGUGUGUGUGUGUGUGUGUGUGUAUAUAUACGUACACAUACGGUCAUAUUGUUAUGCAUAAGUUAUUAUUGUUGUUGUUAUUAUGAUUUUAGUUACAGUAGUUGUAGUAUUGCCCAUAUCAUUUUAAACAUGUAUAUUACAAACACAUACAGGUUAAUUUACUGACAUAUUCUGUAAUCUAAAACAAAAAGGUAUCCUCGCAAGCAUAACUCAGAAUACAGAUGUGGACCCUGUUAUGUUUCCAGAAUUGACUGGCAAGUGUCAAAAUUCGCAGACUCGUGCCAAGCAGCACUUCUAAUGAUGUCCUUAAUGUGCUGCGAUGUCAUAUUUCAGCAAUCAGAAUGGCCCAGGGGAUACCAGACGAGAUCAUGAUGGAUGGUGCGCUGAUAGAGGACUUGGCAGAGGUGGCAAAAGAUGAAGCACUUCUGCAGGGCGUCCUCAUGAGGAUCCAAGAGUCCUCCAACUCGUCGGAGCUGGUGACGUACGCUCCGUUCACGCUCUUCCCUACACCUGUGCCCAAGGCUGUGUUCCACCAGGCUCUGGCGGUGCAAACGCACUACAACACGCUGGUGGACAAGAUCAGCCAGGAUUCAGACUUUCUGCAAGAGGCUCUGGCUAGCACCAUUGAAGUGGACGAUUUCACAGCAAGGUUGUUCAGGAUCCACCAACAAAUCCUAAAAGAAGGAAAGGCUCAGUCUGUUGUGUUGGGUCUCAAUCGGUCCGACUACAUGCUGGACCAGGGGGAGGACGGGUCGUCGUCUCUGAAGCAGAUAGAAAUCAACACCAUUGCUGCCAGUUUCGGAGGUCUCUCAUCACGCACGCCAGAUGUUCACCGACACGUCCUUAAGGUGGCUGGUAAACUGGAGGAGAGCCAACGGAUCCCAGACAACAACCCUGCCUCUGGUCUAGCCGGCGCUGUUGCCAAAGCCUGGGAGCUCUAUGGAUCAGAGAGAGCAGCCGUCAUGUUCUUGGUGGAGGAGAGCCAAAGGAACAUCUUUGAUCAUCGAUACAUAGAGAGCGAACUGUGGAAGAGGAACAUUCCCACCAUAAGAAAGCGCUUCGACCAUGUUAGUAAAACAGGGUCCCUUGAUCAGGACAAGAAGCUAUUUGUUGACGGCCACGAGGUGGCAGUGGUGUACUUCAGGAAUGGCUACAUGCCUCAGAACUACAUUUCCGAACAGACCUGGGACGCUCGUCUCCUGAUGGAGCGCUCUCUGGCCGUGAAAUGUCCAGAUAUCAGCACUCACCUGGCUGGAACCAAGAAGGUCCAGCAGGUGCUCGCCAGACCCGGAGUCCUGGAGCGGUUCUUCCCCGACCAGCCCCGAGUAGUCGAGCAGAUCAGAGCGACGUUCGCUGGCCUCUACACUCUAGACAUGGGACCAGAGGGUGACAAAACGGUAGCAAUGGCUUUGGCAGCACCGGACCGGUUUGUCCUGAAGCCCCAGCGAGAAGGAGGAGGGAACAACAUCUAUGGAUCGGAGAUCUGCCGGGUCCUGCAGGCAGCGAAGGGGACCACGGAGAGGACGGCCUACAUUCUGAUGGACAAAAUCCACCCCGCCCCAGUACAGAACUACCUCCUGAGACGAGACGCCCCUCUCAAAAUCAGUAACUGUCUCAGUGAGCUGGGAGUGUUUGGAGCAUAUGUCAGGCGAGGUAAAGACACGUUGAUGAACGAGUGCGCGGGCCAUCUGCUGAGGACCAAGAGUUCCGAGCACUUGGACGGAGGCGUGGCAGCGGGAGUGGCCGUGCUCGACAACCCUCUCCUCGUCUGAGAACUCGCUCCUUUCCAACAACUAAAUGUACAAGUAGACUGAAGCCGGUAUCUCUCACUUUUGAUAUUUUGAUAGAAAGCCUCACUGUCGCUCUUUUAGCGACAUGGUG